AUGAAUCCCGUAGAUGAUGAGAAGGAAACAGUAACAUUUAGAGCAAUAAGCCAUGACGAAGAAGGCAAAACAAAGAUAACCAAGCUUGAAACUAACACACAUAACAUAGAAACGUUAAAGCACACAGAAAAAAAACUCGUAGACAAAGGCGUACAUAGAAAAGAUCGUCGUCCGAUAGAUGGAAUUCCGUUAAAUAAACAAUCGAAAUCGGGGCAUGGUGGGAAAUUCACUUGGGAAGGACCGGUGGAAUAUGAACUUGAUGAUGAUGUGCCCGUGGCCAUAGACGAGAACGAUCCGAAUUAUGUUGAUGAUGGAGAUGAAGAAGUAAGUGGAGUUGAAGGUUUUGUUGUUGGACAAAUUGAUGUUGCUAAAGUUGUUGAUGAAGGUGUAGCUAGAGUUGAUGUUGUUGAUCGUGUUUUACAAGAAAAUAUGUAA